AUAAGGCUUUUAUCGCCGUAGAUCCGAACUCGACCGGACCCAUUUCAUAUCGAUCCGGCGUCGGCGUCGGCGUCAGCAUCACCGUCAGUAGCAGCAGCAUGUUUCUGUUCGACUGGUUCUACGGUGUGCUCGCGUCCCUCGGUCUCUGGCAGAAAGAGGCCAAGAUCUUGUUCCUCGGCCUCGAUAACGCCGGCAAGACCACCUUGCUCCACAUGUUGAAAGACGAGAGACUGGUGCAGCACCAGCCCACGCAGUAUCCAACAUCGGAGGAGUUGAGCAUUGGGAAAAUCAAGUUCAAGGCGUUUGAUUUGGGAGGUCAUCAGAUUGCUCGCAGAGUUUGGAGGGAUUACUAUGCAAAGGUAGAUGCUGUGGUGUACCUGGUGGAUGCCUAUGACAAGGAGCGGUUUGCAGAAUCCAAAAAGGAACUAGAUGCACUCCUUUCGGAUGAAGCCCUAGCCACUGUCCCAUUUCUAAUUCUAGGGAACAAGAUUGACCUACCAUCUGCUGCCUCGGAGGAUGAGUUGCGAUAUCACCUUGGGCUGACCAACUUCACCACUGGCAAGGGGAAGGUAAACCUAGCGGACUCAACUGUCCGUCCGCUAGAAGUGUUUAUGUGCAGCAUUGUACGGAAAAUGGGGUACGGCGAUGGUUUCAAAUGGCUCUCUCAAUACAUCAAGUAGGAGGAUGGUCGACAAGGUGUGCUACUACUUGUCGCGCCUUAAGUUGAAAAUUUAUUCAGUCUCCCUUGUUGUAUUUAGGCUCUUUCUUUGUCUUGGGAUUUGUGUAGAAGGAAAUAUCAAUGUCACUACUUUGUUAAAUUUUUAUUUUAGAGCAAGAAAGUAGUACGUUAUAUGCUCGUCUAUAUUUUGUUUUGUAAUAACAAUAGGGGUGUGCUAUCCACACACUCCUUUUUACUUCUCACA